GUACGCUACGAUUCGCCGUUGCUAGGCGACUAUGGGCGGAGACGAGCGCGGAAAAGAUGGCGGCUGCCAGUGGGACUCUCCUGUCUCUGUUGGGCCCACAGGGGGAGCUGGAAGCCGCGCUACGGGAGGCCGGGGAGGCGCACAAGGAGCAGUUGGUGCUGGAAUACCUGGGGAAGGUGUCCGGCCGGGCCGGGGAGCUGCGGGUCCCAGAGUUUGUGCCUGAGCUAGAAUGGCUGAACACAGAAGGCCCAUUAUCUCUACACAAAGACUUGCGCGGGAAAGUAGUGGUGCUGGACUUCUUUACAUACUGCUGCAUUAACUGUAUGCACGUGCUGCCCGACCUGCACGCCCUGGAACAUGAAUACUCUGAUAAAGAUGGACUUGUUAUUAUUGGGGUGCACUCAGCCAAGUUCCCGAAUGAGAAGGUUCUGGAUAACAUUAAGAGCGCAGUUCUCCGGUACAACAUAACACAUCCGGUGGUUAAUGAUGCCGACGCCACCAUGUGGCAGGACCUGGAAGUCUCCUGUUGGCCGACCCUGGUGAUCCUGGGACCCCAAGGAAACCUCCUAUUUUGUAUCAUUGGGGAAGGCCACAAGGACCAACUCUUCCUCUUCACUUCUCUUGCCUUGAAGUUCUACCGAGAGAGAAAUGAAAUAACGGCGGACGGGAUACCAGCGAGGCUGUACAAGGAUUCCCUGGCUCCUUUCCCUUUGCUUUUCCCUGGGAAAGUGGCUGUUGACUCCGCGGGGGAGAUAUUGGUGAUAUCGGAUACCGGCCAUCAUAGGAUCUUGGUUGUAAAGAACGACGGGCAGGUUCUGCACACAAUUGGAGGGCCUAAAAGUGGAAGACGCGACGGCAGCUUUUCCGAAUCCUCUUUCCAUUCGCCCCAGGGAGUGGCAAUUAAGGACAAUGUUAUAUACGUGGCAGAUACAGAGAAUCAUUUGAUCCGGAAGAUCGACCUGGAUGCACUAACUGUCAGCACUGUGGCCGGCACAGGGAGCCAGGGUAACGAUAAAGAGGGAGGAGCUCAAGGAGAGCAGCAGCCAAUCAGCUCUCCGUGGGAUGUGACGUUUGGGGUUUCAGGCGGCAGCGAGCAGUGCGUGCUGUGGGUCGCCAUGGCCGGGACGCACCAAGUCUGGGCCCUGUUUCUAGAGGAUGGAAAGCUGCCAAAAGGGAGCGCCUUCCCUAAGGGAACGUGCGUUCGCUUCGCCGGGAGCGGAAACGAGGAAAAUCGAAACAAUUCGUACCCCCACAAAGCCGGUUUUGCGCAGCCGUCCGGCCUUACUGUGUGCCCGGAGGAACCCUGGAGCUGUCUGUUUGUGGCUGAUAGUGAGAGCAGCUCCAUCAGGAGCAUCUCGCUGAGAGACGGCGCAGUGAAGCACCUUGUGGGCGGGGAGAGGGAUCCAAUGAACUUAUUUGCCUUUGGGGACAUGGAUGGAACAGGGAUCAACGCCAAACUCCAGCACCCACUGGGUGUCUCCUGGGACCAGAACCAAAACGCCUUGUAUGUGGCUGAUUCUUAUAAUCACAAGAUAAAAGUGGUAGAUCCCAAAUCCAAGCGCUGCAGUACCGUAGCUGGCACAGGGAAACCCGGUAACACAGUCGGGCAGAGCUUUUCCGAGGCCGCGUUCAAUGAGCCCGGGGGGCUGUGCGUCGGAGGUGAUGGCCGAUCGCUGUUCGUGGCAGACACCAAUAAUCACCUGAUCAAAGUGUUGGACCUGGAGGCCCAGACUGUGUCGCUAUUUCCCAUAAUGCUCAGCGGAGCACGUGAUGUUGUGGAUAGUGCAUUGCCGGCCAAACUCCACCAACCAAAGUUGCCCAAGUCGGCCCCGGUCAUUCAGCUUACUCCAAUAAUGGCGGAACCAAGCAAGACGGUUGAGUUCUUACUGCAACUGCAGCUUCCGGCAGGGUCAAAAUUCACUGAAGGGGCCCCAAGCUUCUGGUUUCUCAGUGCUGCGGACUGUGAGUGGCUCCUUAAGGGACAGACGACACAGGGAGAGAUCACAAGCGUCUCCGUUCCAAGCCGGAUAGCCGUUCGGAUCCCAGUGGAAGCGGCAGGGCUGGGGGAGACAGUGCUGAGUAUCGGUGCCUUCGUGUAUUUCUGUAGUGGCGACGCCAGUGCCUGUAUGAUGAAAGCCGUGUCGUUCUGCCAACCCGUGUGUAUAGGGACGUCCGACAGCACCAAGUGCCCUCAUUCAGUUGCACUAACUUACUCCUUCUAACUGCAAAGCGUCAGCUCCAAACCAAAGAGUCUCUGCUGCUCCGCUCUCCGGGGGUCAGUAACGCUCACUGGCACCCCCCCCCCCCCAGUUAUUAUUCUGCAGGAACCAAUCACAGCUACUCUUAUUGUGAGUAUCAGAACUGCCCCAGCUGUAGCACUCACUAUCCAGGUACCGCUCUAGGAACCAUGAUGCACUUGUGACUCGUUAUUUAUUUCCCUUAUAACCUCAAUUUCAAGCACUAGCCAUUUUAUAAAGUCAAUAAUAUCUAUAUAUCUAUAUAUAAUUUUUGAAUUUCACAGUUUUGCCUUAUCAGUAUCAGCACAGUAAAGCCUAUCCGGUAAGCUGGGCAGGCUCACUUUAUGGCAGCUUGUAACCUCACCAUUGCUCUAUAAAUAAAGGGUGAUGAUGAUUUCCGGCUGCAUUCAUUGGUCACAUUCCUUGUGGCUUCCCAUUGGCCAGCAUUUCAUGGGGGUGGAUUAUAGGAUCCGGCCCAACCUUGAAUCCUUCGGCCAAAUCAUGGAUUUGAUGCAUCCUUAAUACUUAGGGAAGGGUUUGAUGGAGGACUAGGGUCAGCACCGGCAGCCCAGACCCGAUCCCCCUAGGGUUCUCCCCCGAGCCACUGGUCUCCCUCGUCCCAUUGGGGGGUGCAGGGGCUCCUGAGGCAGUAGCCCCAGUGGGCCCUGCACCCCCCAGUCCAAUCCUGUGCAGGACUAUUCCCCCAUUCGGCACCUUAGGCUGUUGAAGUGAGUCUGCCUAGCUUGGUAGGUAGGUUAUACAUAGGUUACUAUCGACAGCAAUAAAAAGCACCGUAAUUCUAUUACCCCUUGAACUCGGAAUCCUGGCUUAUUGCCCCGGGAGCUACAGUUUGGCUCCUUAGUUCCUAAUAUUUAUGUUACAGUGAAGGUCGGACAUUCAGUAGUCGCACCUUUUUGUGUAGUGAGAAUCUGUUUGAACUGUAGAAUCAGAACCAAGAAAUUCCCCGUGCCUUAGAAUUCCCAAGCGUAGUGCAAUAAUACUGCCUAUUGCAAUGGGGCAAUUUGCACUGUGCAAAGACAUUUAUUAUGGGGCCAUGUAAUAAAAGGCACAAAGUUUGCCCGGGAGCAGCAACACAUAACAACCAAUGAGCAGGUAGCAUUAAUGGUCACCUGUUUAAAAACAAACGUCUUAUUGGUUGCUAUGGGUUACUGCUCCCGGGCAAACUUAGUGCCUUGUAUUACAUAUGGGGGUAAGUGUAAAGCCCACACACUGCUAUGUAACCAAUAGGCAGAACUGAAUCUUUGUUCCCCCAAUGAUAAGUGAGCCAAUGUGAUGCACUGUGUGUUUGUGCUCCUAUUUUGGACCUGAUACCACUGUAUAAGUUCUGGUUCUGGGCCAUUGGGUCAGGCCGCUAAAUACAGCAGGUUCUUCCUCUGA